AUGUCGUUAGUGUGUGCUAUUUCUAAUGAAGUGCCAGAGCAUCCUGUGGUUUCACCAGUAUCCGGAUCAAUUUUUGAAAGACGUCUAAUAGAGAAAUAUAUCAAAGAAAACAAUACUGAUCCUAUAAAUGGUGAAGAAUUAACUGUUGAACAGUUAGUGGACAUAAAAACUGCCUCUAUCGUUAAACCUAAACCUGUGACUGGCACUAGCAUUCCUGCAAUAUUGAAAAUGCUCCAAGAUGAAUGGGAUGCAGUGAUGUUACAUGCAUUUACACAAAGACAACAAUUGCAAACUGCUAGACAAGAAUUGAGUCAUGCUUUGUACCAGCAUGAUGCUGCUUGUCGUGUGAUAGGCCGUUUGACUAAGGAAGUAACAGCUGCACGUGAGGCUUUGGCUACACUCAAACCUCAAGCCGGAAUUUCUGUUGGCGAUUCAUCUGCAAAUGCUGGACCUACUACAAUACCACAACCAGCAAUUGCUAUGGAAGCCGCUGGAGUGCCUAAUCAACCCACUGAAGAAGCUGGUAUCACUGAUGAUAUUAUUAAGAAACUACAAGAGAAGGCUACAGUUUUAACACAAGAGCGAAAGAAACGAGGACGUACAGUUCCAGAAGACUUGAUGGACCAAGAAUCAUUAAAAGGAUUUAAAACAUUGGCAUCCCAUCCAGGUCUUCAUAGUGCUAGCGUACCAGGAAUAUUGUCUUUAGAUAUACACAAUGAAGAUACUAGUAAAAUUUUAACUGGAGGAAAUGAUAAAAAUGCUACAGUAUUUAAUAAGGAUACUGAACAAAUAAUAGCUGUUCUGAAAGGUCACACAAAGAAGGUCACACGAGUCAUUUAUCAUCCAAAUGAAGAUGUUGUGAUAACUGGAUCACCUGAUACAACAAUUCGAGUAUGGAAUGUUGGUGCUUCUAAUCCCUUAUCUCAAAUAAUUAGAGCUCAUGAAGGUCCAGUAACUGGAGUGUCAUUGCAUCCAACUGGGGAUUAUGUUUUGUCUACAUCUGUUGACCAGAACUGGGCAUUUUCUGAUAUUCGCACUGGAAAACUAUUAACCAAAGUUUCAAGUCAAACUUCAAACAAUACUCUAACUACUGGACAAUUUCAUCCUGAUGGACUUAUUUUUGGUACUGGUACUUCAGAUUCAAAUGUUGUAAUUUGGGAUUUGAAGGAGCAAUCAAAUGUAGCAACAUUUUCAGGACAUUCUGGACCAAUUACGGCCAUAUCAUUUUCUGAAAAUGGUUACUAUCUUGCUACUUCAGCAGAUGACUGCUGUGUAAAACUUUGGGAUUUACGUAAAUUAAAAAACUUUAAAACUCUCGUCAUGGAUGAUGGAUAUGAAAUCAAAGACUUAUGUUUUGACCAAAGCGGAACUUAUCUGGGUGUUGCAGGAACUGAUGUUCGUGUUUAUAUGUGUAAGCAAUGGCAAGAAUUGAAAGUCUUCAACGAUCACACAGCACUGGCUACAGGAAUUAGAUUUGGAAAACAUUCUCAAUUUAUUGCUUCUACUAGUAUGGACAGAACACUGAAACUUUAUGGAAUUUAA